CGCUUGACUAGAUAUCCCCGGAUUGCUGAGAAUGGGAUACCCACAUAUUUUCAACUCUAUCCGAACGACUUUUCUAUCCCUGGCUAGGACUAGCCUACUGCAUUCAUACCGUGUUACAUCAUGAAGAGGAAACAGCCACAACUUGAUUUGAACGAUAUAGCAUACCCUAAAAUCAGCGACCAAUAGCAUCGUGCAGCCCGGACGUGAGAUUAGCUCAGAGUGGUUGUCGGACAGUAAACGUGAAGUGCAAAUUCGGGUCUGCUUUUUUGCACUCUCAUUGGCCUACCGUAUCUCCAUCCCGGAGUUACUGCCAUUGAUCCACACCCCACCCGACGUUUGCAUUCAAAUGUUGGUACGAAGCUACGAGCUAAACAUAUGAGAUCCAGUAUAAAGCUCAGCCGUAUUCUUGCGAAACGGAAGGCAUACAUAAAGUCAAUUCCAUUGUCUACGAAUUAAGCAAAAUGGCCUCCAUUGCAAAAAAGAUUGUGUUGGUCACGGGAGCAAACAGCGGCGUAGGCCUUGAGCUGUCAGCCCAGCUUCUCUCCAAAGGCCAUCAUGUGCUUUUGGGACACCGGAAUCCAUCCAAAGGAACCACCGCUCUCCAGCAUCUCCAAUCUCUCAACCUCCCGGGUACCCAGGAACUAGUUCAUCUCGAUGUGACCGACGAUGCUACCAUCACAGCUGCCGCGUCCACCAUCGCCAAUACUCAUGGCAAGCUCGAUAUCCUCGUUAAUAACGCUGCUGUGGCUCUACCUCCGGGAACCACCGAUCGCCUCCAGCUCCAGCAGGCCUUCGAUACAAACGCCAUUGGACCGUACGUCCUCACAAAGGCACUCCUUCCCUCACUUCUCGCCUCCACUGACCCCUCUGGAGCGCGCGUCAUCAACAUAUCCUCUGGUAUUGGUAGUAUCGGACGAAAAAUGGAUACCACGUCGCCAUUUCACAAGUUUGGUGGGGUGCCAUAUCGCUCAAGUAAAACGGCGCUAAACAUGGUCUCUGCUUGUCAAUAUGUGGAGUAUGGGGACUUGGGGAUCAAAGUUUUCUUGUAUGAUCCGGGUUUCACAGUGAGUAACUUGAGCGAGAAUAACACGGCGGAGAAAGGAGCGAGGUCCGCUAGGGAGAGUGUGCUACCUCUUAUGGAUGUGCUGGAAGGAAGGAGAGAUGAUGAGUGCGGGGGCUUCCUGCAUAAUACUGGGUCAUGGCCGUGGUAGAUGUGAGGAUGAGCUUUAUGCAAUAGCACGUAGUUAAACAUGGAAAGAGAUUGCAAUGUACCUCGUUAAUUCCCGGCAAUUCAAGUCAACAAGACCUGGUUUGGUACUCGCAUCUGUCUGGUGCCCAUGGACAUGCUUAUGCCACGCCACCUUUCCGCUUCAGAUGUGGUUUCCUCAUUAUCAUUAUAGGCAGGAGCCGCGAUAUGACUUCCCAUUACCAAUCUUGUCUGAAGGAUCAUGGAUCGUGCUUCUUACGUAUUCUAUCGUCAACAGCAAACCAAGGCCUAUCGUUAAUACACGCCUGCGUUACCGACUCUCUGCUUUCCACCAGGAUCCUCUCUCGCUCCUCCCCCAAGGUCUUAGAUUUCCUCGUACAAGAAAUACAGCCUCAGUUACAAUAUGGAGCGUACAAGCAAAGAGAAAGUCGAGAGCUCCUCAGGUUCAAGCCAGCAAGCUGAUCCCAGCAUGCCUUCACAACAGCUCGAAUCUACGAAUCAAUCUA